UCUGAUUAUACAUGUAGGGACAGUUCACCUGCAUGACUAUUUCUACUUUUGUGGUGUUGCUAUGGUUACUUCAGUAAAAGAUAUGAAUAUUGAUCUCCUCUCUGGUUAAAUGUAGUGCAAACUAAUUAAUAACUAACGUCUGUGGAUUUAAAGACACUUUACAGACUGUUUGAAUCUGAACUGUGUUGAAGUGCAAACCGAGGACAGCGACAGGUGAGCGACAGGUAGUAACGUUAGCUAGCUGUACAUUUGUUAACCUGCAGUUCAUUAGCGUUACGGUGUGUUAUUUAAAAAAAGAAAUUUAAAUUUAGUAAGGUUGGUUACCUAAAUGAUGCAGAUCUGACAACAUUUGUUAAGCAGCUAUUUUAGCUGGUGCAGCUAAUAAACGCUAACAUUGUGGUAAGUUAGCCGGUUAGCAUUGCGGCUAGUCGACGUCGCACGAGACUGCGGUAGGUAACAGGUGUCUCCGCUUCGUAGUAAAGGUAAACGCUGUUCCUCACAUUUGUUCAGCUUUUCUUCACCAACUGUUAUAAACUUUACUACCUUCCCAGUCAUGGAGACAGAUAAAAUAUUUAAGCUAAUGCUAGCUGGAAACUCAAUGGCGGCGAAUCCCAUUUGAAAAUUAGUGAAACGUAAUAUUUCAUGGCUUAUCGGCAAAAUUGUAGACCAAAGUUUAAAACCCGUGAAUCGCGGUGGCCUCAUCUCUAAUUCGGCUGUUAUUUGAACCGCAAAGCAGCAGGUUUUAACUAAAAGUCACCAUUUAACGUUACUGCUGCAGCCAGGUGGGACGGAUUGUUAGGCGCGAAGAAGAAAGUUACGGCUUGGAGAAGGAGUCACACAAACAGGAAACCGAUGGAUGCAUCAAAAGCAGACUCGUUUUUCCUGAGAAGUACCUCAGCAGUUUCUCUCAAUGAGCGCUUCUCUAAGGGGCUGGUGGACCAGCUGACCCAGUCCAGGAUGGUGACCUUUGACCCGGUCCUGCUGCAGCAGCGGAGGGUGCGUGGCCCCCCGCCGGCGGUCCUGCUGGUGAAGAGACAGACGUCGUCGCCGCUCAGUCUGCAGACUCGAGACUCGUCUGUGAGGGCGAAGCAGCGUCGGAGGAGGAGGAGGAGCGUCUGGACUCGACUCGGCUGGCAGCAGGUGACGCGUCGCCUCUCGGCCUCCAGACCCAGAGGCUUCUGGAGCUUCAGGCACAAGUUCAGAUGGAGAGCCAGGUUCACCUCCACCUACAGGAGAUGGGGUGACCUGCGCGGUCGACUUGGUCAGCGCCGCCUCCUCGUGAGGAGAAACAUCCAGGAGCUGACUGCAGGUCAGUUUAUCAGCAGCUGCGAGAAUACUCAGUCAGACGCCAUUCUGUGCUCAGGACGAACACGGCUCAGUCUGCACCUGCAGAGGGGCGGGGCCGCUGCAUCCAGGGGGCGUGGCCUGAGCAAAGACCACGUACCAACCAAGAAGCAGCUGGACGCUCAGCUGGACGAGUACAUGUCGCUGUCCAAGAGCAGAUUGGACGCUCAGCUGGACGACUACAUGUCCAUGUCCAGGAGCCGUCUGGACGCCGAGCUGGACGAGUACAUGUCGAUGGCCGGACAGGCGGCGGAGGGGGGGCAGGCGGAGCUGCACUGGGACUGAGUCGGGGGGACUAAAACUACUUUUCUAGUUAGUUUGAUUUAGUGACUGAUGAAGCUUCACUCAUUUGAUUUAAACAGACUUUGGUAAGUUCAGGAUCCAGAUCGGGUCGAUGGAUCGGCCCUGCGCUCGGUCUCUGCUCGCAGCUGGAGGAGCUCUGACUUUAGUUUCGUGUCGAAGCAGGACGCCGUUGGUUUCAGGAACGCGUUGGUCGACAGACGGCGAGGCGUUUGUUGUUGUUGUUUUUUUGUUGUUGUCACUUGAACUGAUCGGGCCGUGUGCACUUCACUGACCCCUCUGUGUGUAGGAACGUCUGGAAUCGGUCUGAUUGUGUUGCUACGCUCCACUUUUGUUCCCAGCAUUUAAAAAAAACAUAUUUUAAUAAAAGAUGUUUCCUGCUGA